AUGGACGUGAAUUUUCUUGAAGAAACUGUCCAGCGGUACAAACGAUUUCUAUUUGUUCGCCGAUGCCAGCUUGAAUAUGCCGCUCGUCACCGCCAUCGGUGCGCUUUUAAAUGCUUUGCGCAAGCUACCAGCAGCCUAAGACACCCAUUGCCAGUUUCGCUUAAAUUAGAUGUAACAGAAAAGGAAGAAGCUAGCUUUCCACCACUUGAGCAAACUUUUAAGUACUGCUUCGACUUGAACGAUAUGGAAGACAUCUUACAGAAGGAAGUCACAUCUAUCUUCGACUGCGGCCCUGGUUUUGAGCAUCAGGCAUUACCAUUUGACAUUGCUCUGGCUUGGCGUGCCCAUCUCCUGCAUCCAGGAGCUUACGCUCGUGACACAUCAGCAGCGUUUGGUCGCAUCCUGCCGCAUCCUUUGCUUUCGCCUCGAGGCGCGGCAGUUCCUGUUCAUCUAAGUCCUCCCAGUUGUUGUUGUUGUCUGUGCGGAUGUGGAUGUUUGCGCACAUUCCUGGCGGCCAACAGCAGCGAUCGCAAACACAGUCCUAAGUUGGGAGAAGUGAACAGCCUCUUGUCACUGGCACGGACUAUGUCGGCAACAGGAACCUCUGUAUUAUCAGCAUCGGUACCAUUAGUUCCGACUGCAGAGACAAUAUGGUGCCUAUUCUUUCCAGGACCAGAAGAUAGUCUUGUGCGAUCGGGCAGCAUGGGAAGAGGGUCUCAUCCUCGGGGUCAAAUGGACAGGCUUGAUUUAGCCGAGAUCUAUAUGCUUGCUACUAAAUGCACUCAGGUUCAGGUACGAAUUUAG